UUCCAUAGACAUAAUAUAGAUGGACUGCGCGUUUAGCCCUUAUCAUGUCAGCAAUAAUAAACUUAUGUAAAAGGUAAAUAAUCAUGGGAAAAUGUUUAUCUCUACAUCUUUCUUCCAUGAUACAGACAGUUAUAUUUAACCGGGCUAAUUCGAUUUCGGCACGAUUAAAACUGUGAUUAACUGUAAUGAGAGUUUCCGUGUUUUUUGCUUACAUUUUUUCAUUCUGUGGUUUAUUAGUUUCGGUUGUUGAUAUUUUCUAUAACAGAGGUAAAAUGGUGAAUAUAUGUUCUAUAAAAAGCUGUAGAAACAUUGGCAAGGAUGGUAUUCAUAUGCAUAAAUUUCCGAGUAAUGAACAAACAGCCAUGAAAUGGACUAACAUAAUUAAAAAAAUACAACCAUCGUACAUGCCUUUAAAAUCAUCAAUGAUUUGUAGUGCUCAUUUUAAAACUUCUGAUUACAACUUGAACUAUAAAAAAAUAAAAUUAAAUGAUAAUGCUGUGCCAAGUAUUUUUUUAACAACUAGUAGAAAGUCAUUGAUGAAAAUAUUUGAAGAUUUACCCAAGAACUGUGAUAGUUUAAAAUAUAAUCUGUCAAACAGCGACGAUACAAAAGUGAAUGAAACUAUUUCAAAUACAUCAGAAUAUUCUGAAGCAAGUACUAGCUUAAAAUAUAAUCUGUCAAACAGCGACGAUACAAAAGUGAAUGAAACUAUUUCAAAUACAUCAGAAUAUUCUGAAGCAAGUACUAGCUUAAAAUAUAAUCUGUCAAACAGCGACGAUACAAAAGUGAAUGAAACUAUUUCAAAUACAUCAGAAUAUUCUGAAGCAAGUACUAGCUUAAAAUAUAAUCUGUCAAACAGCGACGAUACAAAAGUGAAUGAAACUAUUUCAAAUACAUCAGAAUAUUCUGAAGCAAGUACUAGCUUAAAAUAUAAUCUGUCAAACAGCGACGAUACAAAAGUGAAUGAAACUAUUUCAAAUACAUCAGAAUAUUCUGAAGCAAGUACUAGCUUAAAAUAUAAUCUGUCAAACAGCGACGAUACAAAAGUGAAUGAAACUAUUUCAAAUACAUCAGAAUAUUCUGAAGCAAGUACUAGCUUAAAAUAUAAUCUGUCAAACAGCGACACUUCUUCAGUAUUGGGAGUGGCAGAUAAUUUGCUUACAAGUUCAUUAGUUACCAGAAUAAAAAGAAAAACUUUUGUUGGAGACUUUAAUGAAAAUGAUUUAGAUACUCCUAGAAAAAGAAAAAAAUAUUGGAAUACCUCACAGAGAACAUUUAAUGAGUACAAGCGUAGAAUAAAGAGCUUAGAAAAUCGAAAUCAGUACCUGAGAAAUAAAAUCAAAAAUGUUGAGCAGUUAAUUUCACAUUUACAGAAAACCAACAAAAUUUCUGAUGAAUGUUACUCAAUGUUAAAGGAUUCCCUUCCUGACAUCCAAAAAGAAAUUAUUUUAAAACAACUGAAUAUGACUACACAGAGAUCUGUUACACCUGAAUUGAGAUCUUUUGCAUUAACUCUUAAUUUUUAUUCAUCAAGUGCAUAUAACUAUGUUAGAAAAAAAUUUAAUAAAUGCCUACCACAUCCGAGCACACUUCGAAAAUGGUAUACAGUGGUAGAUGGUUCACCAGGUAUUACAAAAGAAUCAUUAGUAGCAAUUGAGUUAAAAAACGAUGAAAUGAAAUCUCGUGGUAAAAAUUUAAUAUGUGCUAUGAUGCUUGAUGAAAUGUGUAUUAAAGAGGACAUCCAUUUUAACGGCAAAAAAAAUCAAGGAUUUAUAGAUUUUGGCAUGGGUAUGAUGGAAGACUGUGAUAAUUUACCUUUAGCAAGAGAAGCACUGGUGAUCAUGUUAGUUGCACUCAACUCUAAUUGGAAAAUACCAAUAGCAUAUUUCCUUACAAAUGGCUUAUUGGGUCAAGAGAAAGCCAAUAUAGUAAAUUUAUGUUUAGAAGCAGUUCAUCAAACUGGUGCUAAAGUUAAAACUUUAACUUUUGAUGGAGCAAGUUCAAAUAUUAUGAUGGCUACUAAAUUAGGAGCUAAUUUAAAUAUUUCAAAUUGUCAACCUUAUUUUAAACACCCAAUUACCAAAGAAAAUAUUCACAUAUUUUAUGAUGCAUGUCAUAUGCUUAAACUUUGCCGGAACACACUUGGUGACUGGAAAGUAUUUUUUGACAAGAAUGGUGAUGCAAUUAAGUGGCAGUUUUUUAAGUCAUUAGUAGAACUACAAAAUGAAAAAGAUCUUCACUUAGCAACAAAAAUCAGGAACAGACACAUUAAUUACCAUAAAGAAAAAAUGAAGGUAAAAUUAGCGGCCCAAGUAUUUAGUAGCAGUGUAGCGGAUGCUAUUGAUUAUUCUAAAAAUAUCGGGCUGAAAGAAUUUUCGAAUAGUGAGUCAACCACAUUUUUUUGUAGGAUGAUAAAUAAUAUUUUUGAUUUUUUGAAUACGAGGAACUUUUUGGGGCAAACUGAGUACAAAAAACCAAUUAAAUUAGAUAAAGAGACUUUUGUGGAUGAGUUUAUCAGUACGGCAAUUGAAUACUUAAAAUCUUUGCAAACUAAAGUAUGGAACAAAAAGAAAAUAAAUUAA